CAAUUCUUGUUUCAACGCCGUUUACUGGGGCCACACCCACCAAAACCCGCGUUCGAUUUCUUGCAUGUCGGAAUGAUACAGGGAUAUUGUUUAAUAACAAACUUUUUCUCCCUUUCAAUUUCUUUCUGUGUAUUAGAAGUGUACCACAUUUUCAAUUUGUCAUAUUGAUAUAGCUUUCCCAUCACAAUCACUUCAUACUACUACCAACUUCAAGCAUUUAUCAACUAUAUCAUUUAAGAAUACAAUCACUUCACAGUACAAUAAACUUUAAACAUUUAUCAACCAUAUCAUUUAAAAAUACGUAUCCUCACGGACCUCUCAUGUUAGUUGAUAAUCUCGAAAUCCACCAACUCCAACGUCUUGUGAUUCGGCACAUGUUCUUAAAUCCACAUAGAUGAUUAGUGACCUCCACAACCAAAAAAAGUCACAAAGAACGAGAAAAAUGAGCAUUUAAAUCCUCAGCUAUUUGAAAUGAGCAAGUUUAAUAUCAAAUUAUUAUUUGCAUGAUUUUAUUCCCUAACUAAUAGUUGACUUGGUAAAUUGGUAAUUAAAAAGUCAAUCGUUAAGUCAUAAACGACUCUCACUAGUUUUAUAUCAAGAGUUAUUAGGUUCCCCAACCAAUAUUUCGAUUGUUUGCUAACGAUGUUAAUUUUUUUUUUAAAAAAAAAUUCUCAAUAGUUUGAUUAGAAUUUAGAGUUUAGGAUUUAGUAUUUUGCUAACGAUGUUAAAAAAUUUAAUUUUUUUGUAACAACUACUAUUUUUAUUUAUUUUUUUAUCUUUUUAUUUUAAAAACAUAAUAUAACUUGACAAUAUUUUGUUUUCUUUUUAAAAAGAUGUUGAUAUGAAAUAAUACAAUCCUAUUGGCUGGUGAACCUAGAAGUUCACCCCCUAGGGUGAACCCAAGAAUAAGUCUUAUAUCGACUAUCCUCGUCACUGAACUUGAAAAGCUCGAAAUCCCCAAAUUCAAACCUUUAUUUUGAGUGAAGACAAUUUCCGGUAGUAUUUGUUUUUGUGAUUGGGCCGGAUUAGCUCUCUUAUCAUCUUUUGUAGUCACUGGAAAUCGUCUUCACUCAAAAUUAGGGGUUUAAUUUAGAAAUUUAGAGUUUUUAAAGUUUAAUUAUAAAAACUAACGAGAAUUGUUUACGACUUAACGGUUGAUUUUUGUAGUCACUAAUUUGUCAAGUUAACUAUUAGUUGGGAAAUAAAAUCGUGCAAGUAAUAGUUCGGUAUUAAACUUGGUAAGCUCAAAUAGUUGAAAAUUUAAAUGUCAUUUUCCCCACAAGGAACUACAAAUCUGUUACACUAAAAAAAACUUAAUCCAACACUAGGCCAUAUUUUCCACACUGAUUUAUGUUGGCCCAUUAACCUUUCAUCAAGGCCACCUCCAAAAUCUUAUUCCAGAAACGGAUCGUUAUAAGCACCUCCUAAGCCCAAGUUUCCGUCGUUUCUACCACACGACGGAGAAAAAUAUCAAUUACGAUGCAUGACAGUCUGACAUAUGCGUCAUGCUCAUGCAUCAUUACUUCCUUGGGUUUGAGAUUGAUAUGCUAGGACAAGGAAAGCCAAACAAACAGAGUGGCAGUUUCUAACCAAUGGUGUAUCAUUUCGGCACUACCACUACAAAAAAAAGAGUGUAUAACAUCAUUUAUUUUAUAUAAUUGUAUCAUUUAUAAGUGAUGUAAGAUAAUUUUGCAUCACUUAAGAGCAUCCGCAUCGCGGUUAAUUUGGGCCGUCUCUUUAUAUUUUUUUGAUUAAAAAAAUAUAAAAAAAGGAAGAAAGCGGAGGAGACGAGUGUUUCGUUGGCUCGUGAAGAAACGUCUGUUGGUGGACGCGUGUCAACAAGGGAGUGGGUGGAAGUUCGGUUACGCGUUAAACACGUUUGAAACUUGACUUUCUCUCUCUCUCUCUCUCUCUCUCUCUCUCUCUCUCUCGAAUCCUCUCGACUUGGCGAUUUCUAUGGCGAAUCUGUCUCUCUCUCUCUCUCAAAUCCUCGCGACUCAUUCUGAUCGGUUGUUAUGUGUUGGUUCUCGUCGAAUCUGGGGCACGGUGGGUCUCUUCGACGGCGAAGGAGCUUUCCCGCGGUAGCUCGGCUCUAAUCAAAAGGUAGUGAUAGGAGAUCAUAUUGUUUUUGAUCAUGCAUGUGAUCGAUUAUUGUUUAACUUGUUCUGAUCGGCUUAUUUACUUUAUAUUUUGUUUGUUCGGUUCGAAUUGGCGAGCUAUGUGGCGACGGAGCUCUCCUCGACAAGGCCGUCUCUGUCCUCGUCAGCGACGGAGCUCUCCUCGACGGCACCGUCUCUGUCCUCGACGGUGAUGAAGCUGUCUCUCGGUGGUGACAGAGCUCUCUCACUUUUCCUUCUCCUCAAAUCAAAGAGUGCGUGGCUCGAAGGUACAAGAAGAAAGAACCGCGAACGAGAGGAGUGCAAAGCAGAGCAAUACAGACUAGAGCAUUGAGUCACGGAGGGUGAGUGAAGAGAAGACAAGAGAGUUCGUCACGGACACUCAUGUCACGGAGCGUGAGUGAAGAAAAGACAAGAGAGAUAGUGAGUCACGGACACUCAUGUCAAGUUGUAUCACAUUUUGUCUUGUAUUAUUUUUGUAGCAUAACUCAUGUCACGGACACAAGUUUUCAAAGGGUGUAUAAAUGAAACUUUAUAAACACAAGUUCUCAAGUUCUUCCUUCACAAGUUUUCAAACUUCUUCUAUCUCUUUUAUAAACACUUAAUCACUUUCUUCCUUCACAAGUUCUUCUAAAUCUCUCACUUUAUAAACACUUCAACACUUAAUCAAUUUCUUCCUUCACGUUAAACUCUUAAUCACUCUCUAUAUAAACUCUUUUUAAUCACGUUAAUGGCUUCUUCUUCUUCUCACAACACUUUCGAUGACGCUUUUGAUGAUACAUUUGAUGAUACAUUUGAUGAGCUAUUUGAUCAACAUUUUGAUCAAGCAUUUGAGGAUUUUACCAUUCAAGCAAAUCAAGAAGAACGAAGAAAAAAAAGAAAAAAACGAGCUUAUAUUGAAAGACAUCGUGAAGAAGGGCAUAAUCGUUUAUGGAACGAUUAUUUCAGUCAAACUCCAACGUAUCCUCCUUUAUUAUUCCGACGACGUUUUAGAAUGAACAAGCCAUUGUUCAUGAAUAUUGUGGAUCGACUCUCCAACGAAGUUCAAUAUUUUCGGGAAACAAAAGAUGGUCUCGGAAGGAACAGUCUCUCUCCACUUCAAAAGUGUACCGCCGCCAUUCGUGUCUUGGCAUAUGGUUCUGCAGCUGAUACCGUCGACGAAUACCUCCGGCUCGGUGAAACAACAACUCGGUUAUGUGUAGAAAAUUUUGUGGAAGGAAUAAUAAAUUUGUUCGGCGAAGAAUACCUAAGAAAACCAACACCAGCUGAUCUUCAACGUCUACUUGAUAUUGGAGAGUAUCGUGGCUUUCCCGGAAUGAUAGGAAGCAUCGAUUGUAUGCAUUGGGAGUGGAAGAAUUGUCCCACCGCUUGGAAAGGGCAAUAUGCUCGUGGUUCGGGUAAACCAACAAUCGUUUUAGAGGCGGUUGCUUCAUAUGAUCUCUGGAUAUGGCAUGCGUUUUUUGGACCUCCAGGUACAUUAAAUGAUAUUAAUGUUCUUGAUCGUUCACCAGUUUUUGAUGACAUAAUAAAUGGUCAAGCUCCGAAAGUCACUUUCUCUGUCAACGGACAUCAGUAUAAUAUGGCUUACUAUCUCACCGAUGGUAUUUAUCCGAAAUGGUCAACUUUUAUCCAAUCUAUUCGUAUACCACAAGGGCCGCAAGCAGUUUUAUUUGCUCAGCAUCAAAAAGCUGCCCGAAAAGAUGUAGAGCGGGCUUUUGGAGUCUUACAAGCUCGCUUUGGCAUUGUUAAAAAUCCAGCGAGGAGUUGGGAUAAAGUUAAAAUUGGGAAGAUUAUGAGAGCAUGUAUCAUACUCCAUAAUAUGAUCGUCGAAAACGAAAGAGACGGUUACACUCAAUUUGAUGUUCGAGGGUUCCAACAAGGAGAAGACCAAGGAAGUUCACAUGUUGAUCUCACGUAUUCUACAGAUAUCCCUUCAAAUAUCGCAAAUAUGAUGGGUGUUCGAACAAGAAUUCGUGAUACACAAAAGCAUCAACAACUGAAAGAUGAUUUGGUUGAACACAUAUGGCGUAGAUUUGGAGGUGGUGAAGACAACAAUUGAUCUCUGAUGCUUAUUUCAAAUAAUUCUCAUUCAUUUUAAUAAUCUUUGUUUUCAUGUUUUUAAUUUAAAAUCUAUGUUUAAUAUGUUGUCUUUUAUUUACUAAUAAAUAUAAGUUUUUAAAUAAAUAUUCAAUAUUAUUUUAUUUUCAAGAACUCUAAAGCAAGAGACUUGCAAUGCAGACAUUAAAAUCUCAAGGUUCUUGACAAAGUCUCUUUAACACCUUUAUGCCUUAAAUAUUAUUAAUUUUAUCUCAAGAGACCCUUAAUGAGGUUGUGGGAUAAGGAUGCUCUAAAUAAAUGACUCUAAAAGUGAUGAUGCAGAUAAUUUACAUCAUUUUAUUAUUAAUUGAUGCUAAAAUAUCAAAUAUUUACAUCACUUAUUCUAAAUAACAUCCAUAUAUAUCAAUUACAAAAAACUGAUGCUAACAUUUAUAUCGGUUACUUAAAUGAUUUUAAUAUUAAUAUAGGAUUAAUCUUUAAUUUUUAUAUAAUUUAUAAAUAAUUUAUUAAUAUCAUUUAAAAUAAUUUAAAAUUCUGUUAUUGUUUGUUAUUAUUUGUAAAUAAUCGAUAUUUAUGUAAGUAAAUAAAUAAAUCAUAAUAUUUUUCAUUAAUUAUUUUAAGUGAAUAUACAAUAUGUCGAAGAAGAAAAAACAAAAAAAAAACUUAGAGAAGUCUCCAAAAAUAAGAACAAAAAGGAGAAGAUGAAUACAUAAACAAAAACUGUAAAACAAUUAAACAUAAUCCGCCUUGAGGGUUUUUCGAUCAAUAUUUUUCUUCAUGGUCUUUAUAUUCCCUCGUCCGUGGCUUCUUCAAACUGAUAACCACUCCUGUAGAAACCACAGAAAAAUAAUAUGAUGAUGACUUUUGCAACAAU